AAUACGUAAAUUCACGCCAAACGGUAAAUCCCACACGGGUGCGAAUUUUGUGUUGAUUUCGCAACUCUCUUUUUCGCAGAGAAUCAAACAAAAAUCGAAGUAACUGAGGAGACAGCACCGAAGAAUGGCAUACUCUGUGCAACGUGCGGCGAGCCAUGGCCGUGGCCUACGCACCGUUUUGGGAGGCGCAUUGCGUCCAUUCUCCUCCGACGCGUUGGUGGAGAAGCCCAAACCAGGCGAGAUCGGAUUGGUUUCCGGUAUUCCCGACGAUCACCUUCGUCGUAGGGUUGUAAUUUACUCUCCUGCUAGAACUGCUACUCAACAAGGAUCUGGGAAGGUUGGAAGGUGGAAGAUUAACUUUUUGUCAACCCAAAAGUGGGAGAAUCCGUUGAUGGGCUGGACAUCAACUGGAGACCCCUAUGCCCAUGUUGGCGAUUCUGCCCUGUAUUUUGAUAAUGAAGAAUCAGCCAAGGAAUUUGCUGAGAGACAUGGCUGGGAGUAUGUGGUCAAGAAGCCACACACACCAUUGUUGAAGGUUAAAGCAUAUGCAGACAAUUUCAAGUGGAAAGGUCUACCCACCAAACCUGAUUCGGAGCAGUAAUUUAUUGGCUCUUGUUCGUGCCUAGUCCUGUUACUAUUUACGGGUUCUCUGUUAACGAGCUCCCAUGUCAAGCAAGAUGUUUUCUCUCUCGCGUAUUUUCUUGGAAAAGAAAUUUUAAACAUGAAUUCCUUAUAAAAAUAAAUGACUGGUCUUCCAUUACUUUAGCUUACCUCUCUGAUUUGCCUCCCUCGAUGCUGUAAUGAACUAAUGUCGGCAAUCUGGAACUGAUUGUUGUGUCAUUCGUAGUGAUCCCCAUUAACUUCCUCUUGACAUCAUUUGAUAUUGGAACUGGAAUACCAUCCGUCCAUUGCUAGGGUUCACAGUCAA